AUGCAACCACGUCAUGAUGAAUAUGAUCAUCGUUUGACGGAAACGACGAUACCAGAUGUACGUGACACGCGUGCUCGUGGAGAUGAAGAGUUUGCUAUUCGAUUUAACAAGGAACUCAGUAAACGGAUUGAUUUCGCUCUUGCUGAUAUCGAAACAGUACUAUCAACAACAAUGCUGAAUUAUAAAAUGGAUCCACGUGUGGUAGCCGCUUGUGAUAUUGAAACCUUUCCGGCUAUUCUGGAUAGACAUGGUGAUAUGACAUGGCUUGAAAAAGUUGAAUCAUAUAUCAGUUCUAUACUGAUAAAGGAUAAUCCAACUGAUGAGGAAAAAAAAAGAUUUGAAAGUAUUGCAUGA